CAGCAGUGGAUGCCGACCAUUCGCACCUACCUCACCAUCAGACGCGCGAGGAACAAUGUCGUCUGAGGGCAGCGCGAGCUGCUGCUGCAGUGCCAGUCGUGACCUAUCGGCGACCAUUCGCACCUCGAGAGACUUUGAUCGGCCGGAGGGCACCACGGAUAAAUAGGGUCCACACGUCUGCAGAGGCCAUACUCUUGUUGUUCACCUUCGCAAAUGGAUACAAGGACUAUGGCUGCCGUUGGAGAGCUCACUCCCUUCCAGAUGUUUUCAGCAAACAUGGAGAGAACGACCAUGCCACGCUCAGGUACGUCGGUCAUUCGACUCCUAAUUCUUUCAUUUCUUAUUUCCCACGGAGUACUAAUUAUGCCUCAAUGCUGACAUGGCGUUAACUGAAAACCGUCUUCUCUCCUCCUCGCCUGCAGAUUUCGCAGCACAUGACAGGGCCCGGUACUACAGCCCGCAGGGCCCCGCGGGGUCUCGAGCUGACAGCGUGGCUCUUCUGACUCACCGCAGGAAGAGAACCAACUUCACCCAGCAGCAGAUCGAGGUGCUGGAGAAGGUGUACUCCGACACCAAGUACCCAGAUAUCUACCUGCGGGAGAGGCUGGAGUCGCUCACCGGCCUGCCAGAAUCCAGAAUACAGGUGUGGUUUCAAAACCGUCGCGCCAAGUCCCGCAGGCAGGUGGGGAACCAGGUGAACCAGAAGAGCACCGGCGGCCACCCGAUCACCUUACCCCCCCUCCCCACCCACCCCACCCCGCUCGCCCAGCUCCAGAACCGCAUGGGUCAGGACCUGCGCCGGAUCCCCAACUUCACCGCAGCAGAAGCGUUCAUCCCCCCGUUCCUGAACCCAACCGAUGACACCCACGGCAAAACGACCCUGCCAACGAAACGGAACGGAUACGAGCGGUCGCCACCGCCGACAUCAUGCGUGUACGACACGGGCUGUGAGAACAGCCGACUCAGCAUAGAUCACCAAGUGCGGAGAGUAGACCUUAGCGUGACGGUACCCUGCAACGUCGCAUCCUACCGAGGGCAGAACGGGAAUUUCACCUCAAACCUCAACAGCAUGGGUUCAGCGUCCAAACCUGUUUUAGUGGAGUACGACAACUUUCCUCCCAACAAGACCAUCGGGCCGGAGAUGAAGGUCACCAUCCCCCCUCUCCCCUCAUCCCGCGGCUUCAUCAGGUCGCCCCCGAAGACCAUCCCCCCUCUCCCCUCAUCCCACGGCUUCAUCAGGUCGCCCCCGAAGCAGGUCGCCUGUCCAGUCCCGGCCCUGGGCCUCACAACCAACCCCGACGCCUUCGGCCAGUUCUCCCCGAUCCGAGGCACGGAAGCCCGGGACUUCUCCGACUCCGACUCUGAUUGGGACCGAGAGGUCAUGUUCAACAGCUUUCUGUAGCUGCUCUUGCGCUCGGAAAGUUAACUGUUGCCGUUUGUAUAUAGCUACAAAAGUUACCACACUAUUUAAAGAAAGCCCGUUGUCAUGUUUAACAUCUUUCUGUAGCUGCUCUUGCGCUCGGGAAGUUAACUGUUGCCGUUUGUAUAUAGCUACAAAAGUUACCACACUAUUUAAAGA